GAGUUAGGACGCUGGCAGCAGGAGGAGAAUCGCGGCUCUCGUCUCUGGCCCGAGUCCUCCGAUCGCAUGCGCAGAUUGUGCCGUGCGACGGACGGAAGAAAGUAGGCCAGAGCAGAAGAGCAGCGAGGCGAGGCGAGGCGCGGCCAGCGGAGGGAGCAGCGCGACCAGAACGACGAUCGAUGGAAGAAUCAAAGAGAGCGGAUGUGUACAGUGUGUCCAAGGGCGGUGAAAAAAAGUAUAGAGGAAUGAGGAAUCCGCGUCUGGAUAAUGUCCUCGAGAGGUAUGAGAAUAUCUGUCGUUUUCGGAUUAGUUGAUUGCUUUGUUUAUUCAUUGACGAAUUGGCUGGUUGUGGAAUCCCGGUCGUGCACGGUGGGUGUUGGUUUUGCUUUCGGUGCACGUCCUUGGUGGGUUGAAUGGUCCAUGAGAUAGAGGCUCGCAAUCGAAGAUGGAGUUCGCCUUGACAGCUUUGAUUGAGGAUGCCGUCUUGGAAUGGAUGAGUUUUUUGGGAGUCUCUUGGUCUCUUAGUCGUGGACAUUUUCUUUAUGCUCAAACUUGUAACAGCAGUAAUGGUUGUCGAUCAGAUGAUGAGUGUAUGUUUGAUCAUUUAUGUCUCUGCCAUUGAUGCAGUACUCUUGGGCUGAAAGUCGACAUGAGCAAGAAGCUUGCAGAUGCAUUUUGAAGUCUCAGUUUUCUCUCUAUGAUUUUGCGUCGAUGACGUUGUUUCAUGGUUAUGCGCUAUUUGUGAGGUCGCUUGCCUUUCUGCUAACAAUUCCCUUGUCUAAAUUUUGUGGUCACGUGGAGUCUGAUCGUAAAUUCCAUGUAUCAACAAUCCCAUACAGUUGGAAAGCUGGUUGCUAUGUUAACUUUCGGUUAUCUUCUUGCCAGCUUUUGGGAUGAGUCCAGUGCAUCUUGUAUGAACGGGUUGUGAUGGACGGACCUCUUCUGACUGUCAGCCUUCUGAUACAAAAUAGAGAAAUACGGAUGUAGAAAGGUUAUUUUGUCUAUUUCGAAGUUACUCAAUGGACCUUUGAAAGCUGAAUAGAUUAGUGGCUACACCAGUAAGUUUUAUUCUGAAUUGUCGUGCGUACACAUCAAAAGUGGACUCCUCCUCUCGUUUUUCAAGUGGAAGUGUUCAUGACUCAGGGGCAUCUUUAAGUGAGCCGAGCCUUCCGAACUUGAAUUGUACAUGACGCCAGUGUUCGGCUAUGGCAUAACAACAUUGUCAAAUUGCACUGUCGAAAAUAAGCGGAAGCGACUUGGUCCAAGGGCGCGACUCCUCCUUGUUUAAACCCUCUGCCUCAGAAAUAAAUAUGUACCAGCGCCAUCUGGACGAAGUAUUGGCGGACUCAGGGCCGAAGGCUGACGAUGACCUUUUACGGAACCUGCUGGACUUAUCUCCUACUCUGAGCGAAGCCGCAAGUGCGAUUAUAGAUGAUUCAUUUACGCGGUGCUUCAAAUCGAAUUCACCAGAGCCAUGGAAUUGGAACAUAUAUCUGUUUCCUUUAUGGGUAGUGGGUGUCAUUAUGCGAUAUGGAAUUUUGUUUCCAAUCAGGCUUGUGUUGCUCAUAAUAGGAUGGGUCAUCUUCCUUGGACUCUUCAUUCCGAUUCAUUUUUGUAUCAAGAAACAUGAAAAGUUGCGGCAGAAGCUGGAGAGAGGCUUAGUGGAGUUUAUCUGCAGCGUGUUUGUUGCGUCGUGGACAGGAGUUAUAAAGUAUCAUGGUCCUCGACCAAGUCGUCGUGCCAAGCAGGUGUUUGUAGCAAAUCAUACGUCGAUGAUAGACUUCAUUGUACUCGAGCAGAUGACUGCGUUUGCUGUCAUCAUGCAAAAACACCCUGGAUGGGUUGGACUGCUACAAACUACUGUCUUAGAAAGUCUUGGUUGCAUCUGGUUCAAUCGAACAGAGUCGAAAGACAGAAUGAUUGUAGCGAAGAAGUUAAAGCACCAUGUAGAGGAUCCUGAUAGCAACCCGCUACUUAUAUUUCCAGAAGGAACAUGCGUCAACAACGAGUACACCGUUAUGUUUAAGAAGGGUGCAUUUGAGCUGGACUGCACGGUUUGUCCAAUCGCUAUUAAGUACAACAAAAUAUUCGUAGAUGCCUUUUGGAAUAGCAAGAAGCAGUCAUUCACGAUGCACUUAUUGCGGCUGAUGACAUCUUGGGCGGUUGUUUGUGAUGUCUGGUACCUUGAACCCCAGACUUUACGCCCGGGUGAAACCUCCAUCGAGUUCGCGGAAAGGGUACGGGACAUGAUAGCUGACAGGGCUGGAAUUAAGAAGGUCCCUUGGGAUGGUUACCUCAAGUAUUAUCGACCAAGCGUCAAACUUACGGAGAAGAAGCAGCAGAAGUUCGCAGAGUCUAUUGUUAGACAGUUGGAUGAUAGGAAAUCAACUCGGUCUCUAACAACUGGUCUUAGAGACGGUGGACUCUCUUAAAGUGUAUCUUGAGGGUACUUAUUACUGCGGUUCAUCCAACCCAAGCCGUGUCCUCUCCCUUCUUUUUCGUUGUUCCUUCAACAUGCAUUUUCUUGAUCUUUGAUUAUCGUCCGCUUGGUAGAGAGCGAAAGUGGAGGAUGGUUCACGUGGCCGACGUUGCGAAUAUCAGAUGACAACGCUGAGAAUUUCUUGCUGAACUCGUCAAAGGGUCAACAAACGAAAGACCAUCUUCGAGCAUUCGGUUACAGCCAUAAUUAGAUUGUUCUAUUGAUGGUAGAAACGAUUAGGGCUCUUGUCACCCUCUAGAAAGUUGUAAAUGUCGAAUGAGAGGAGUGACGCUUUUUGUGAUACUUGUUAAAACUCGGGUUGGUUCAGUAAAUGGAGCUGGUUAUUUGUCAAAAACGAGGGUAUAGAGACGCUGCAUUUGAAGUUUCAGACUGUUUCUUAGGCGUUUUUGCUGGCUUAUACACGAGUGUACAGAAGUGAAAGUUUUGUUGCGGAUAUCAUAAGGGUUUCAUUCCAGUAAAGCGCUUCCC